UUAUCUCGUAUAUAGUUUUCAUCUCUCUUCUGUCUUCUCUGACAGAUUGCUUACUCUAGUCAUCGCAUACUGUACUUGCUAACAUUUGUUGUCUUCUUGCAAUGGCGGCUGAUUCUUAAGCAUUCCCUCAUCAUAAAAACCCCCUUACACACCUUAACAUUAUCAACUAAUUACCAUUAUUCUGAUUAUUUGUAUUGGCUUUUCUCCAAACUCCAUUCCAUCAUGGGCAAUAGCUCAUCAAGACUGCCAAUUUCUGUCCAUGAUUUUAAUGUUAAGGACAUCAAGGGCAAUGAUGUGAGUCUCAGCACUUACAAGGGCAAGGUUUUGCUUAUAGUCAAUGUUGCAUCUCACUGUGGGCUGACUACCUCUAACUAUCAGGAGAUGAAUGAAUUGUAUGCCAAGUUUAAGGACCAAGGCUUCGAAAUAUUGGCUUUCCCAUGCAAUCAGUUUGCUACACAAGAACCGGGUACUAAUGAAGAGAUUGCAGCAAUUGUGUGCACUCGCUUUAAAGCCAACUUUCCUAUAUUUGAUAAGGUUGAUGUGAAUGGCGAUGAUGCAGCUCCUGUCUACAAGUUCUUAAAAGCAUGCAGAGGUGGUAUUUUUUAUGAGAACAUUAAAUGGAACUUUUCCAAGUUUUUGAUUGAUAAAGAUGGAAAUGUAUUUGAUCGAUAUGCCCCCACAAUUUCUCCAUUAAGUAUUGAGAAAGACAUCAAGAAGCUGUUGGGAGUUGACCAUUAG